AUAAUAAUUUUAGCAUGUCCAAUGUGGGGUCUUUGCGCAAAUCAUGGGUUUACAACUAAUUUGCCAUGCACAGAUAAUAAGGCUUGCAUUGAGAAGAAUCCAAGCACAGAAUGCGUGCAAGGAACAUGUUGUACAAUUCCCGUGGUUGCUGGAGGACCAACCGGCAACGUUCAAUUUCUUUCUCCAUCUGUUACUCCCGCUAUUUGGCCCUGGCCAAUAACAACAACUGUAAAAUCAGAGGGGCAAUCAGAAAAGAGAACUCAUCGACUUUAUCAAAUUUUACUGAUGGGGUUCUUGUCAUUUAUUCACGUUUAUUUUUUAACUUUUCUAGAUUUCUUAGUUUUAUUGUAGAUUUCUUUAAAUUUUGUACA